AUGGAUACUCAUCAGAGCAAGCAUGUAGUGCUCGAGGACACGCCAUUUGAUUUAGUGGCACCACCUGUUCUACCUGUUCAGAUGCCAGCUACACAGACGUUGCCUAUUGUUUCACAUGAUCAUGUUGUUGUCAUUCCACCCAUGGUCACGCCAGUUACCGUUAUUGAGGAUCCUCGUUCUCGUAUGGACAGACUCGAGCGGAGGAUUAGACAGAUGAGAGAUCUUGAUGAGAUGAUUUCAUGGGAUGACCCUGGCGAUGUGCCAGUGGCCACUUUGCCAGUCGGUUUCAGGAUGCCUGAUAUAGAGAGAUAUACGGGUGUUGGAUGUCCUCGUAUUCAUCUCAGACUUUAUAUCACAGUUAUGAGGGCCCUUGGUCUAGAUGAGGCACAGUUGCUCACUUUGUUCCCAUUGUCAUUGAGCGGCGUGACACAGAGAUGGUACGUUUCAUUAGAGUCAUCUCGUCGGAGAACUUGGGAGGACUUAGCACAGGAGUUUCUGAGACAGUAUUCCUUCAAUGGUGAUACGAGUGUUACACGUAGAGAGCUUGAGUUUCUUAGACAAGGAUCAGAUGAGUCUGUUUCUUCUUUUAUCUCCCGUUGGAGGGAGAAGGCUGCGGGGAUGAUUAAGCGACCUACCGAGAGAGAUCAGAUGGGCAUGUUUUUGAGGAGCUUGGAUCCUAGGUUUGCUCGGCAUCUGACAGGAGUCCCAUUCCAGGAUUUCAGAUCAUUGGUUCAGGCUUUGCUUGAUGUAGACGAUGGCAUAUCUAGAGGAUUAUGGUCAGAUAUUAUUCCUUCUUCAGAUACUGAGAGAGGGGGAGUUGGUGGAUCAUCUGAGAGCUAUAGAGAUGUAUGUUCUGCGGACUUUCAGCAUCGACGACCUGGUUAUCAUUCCUAUACGAGAUCAUUGCAGAUACCCAAGAGUGAUUUCCCACUUUUACAGCAUCGUCAUCCUCAUCCAGUUCGGCAGUACCCUUUUACGCAUCCUCAUGCUGUCACAGUGCGACCUUCAUGUCAGUUUCAGCGUCCACAGACUAGUAUCCCACGUCAUGAGCAAUCUCGUCCCCAUCGACGACAUCAGAGGACUUAUUCUGAUUUGGGGAUGCCUCUAGAUAGAGCUUUUGAGCGACUCAGAGCUACUGGUUUUUUAGUACCAUUGGCCCCUAGGCUACCCCCGAGUACCUUCCCUCCGCUUUUUCGUGCUCAUGAGUUCUGUGCAUAUCACCAGAUGGCAGACCACCGUACUGAUUAUUGUGCUUCUCUACGUCAUACUAUACAGGAUCUUAUUGAUAGUGGUGUAGUUAGCUUUCCCAUAUCGACCACAGAUACUGAUCUUGGUCCAGAUAUGACUGUUGAUUCCUUUCCAGCCUAUUCCACACAUGCAGUUCCUCCUCUUUCAGGCUUAUACCAUCACAUUUUGGACACCCAGGGCACUGAUAUUCACAGGACACUUUGA